GACGGAGAAACGCGUCCGACUACUCAACGACGCGCCGACUCGGAAUCGUUUUCGCCCAUUGAUUGUGCUGGAAGAGGAUUCCUGCGGAUAACAUAUAAUCUCGGCAUUGUUUUUGGGGUCGCGACUCCUGCACGUUACCUGCUCAACUCAACAUCUCACACAUCGACGGCUGGUAGACUGCAUCGCAUCAUUUACGACAACUAUCGACCCGCCAAACACGAGUGCCCCAUCCCAACACCCAAAGAAACGCCCACCAUGCCGCCACCCAAAUCCGUCUUCACCGCCCACGAGCGCAACGCCCUAAAAGACCGCUGGGGCUCCCAAGCAACCCGCCUAAACCGAGACUCGUUCCUCCCCUUCGGCUCCUGCCAGCUAUGCCUCCUACCCGCCGUAGACCCAGUAUGCUGUGCGCAAGGCGACCUUUUCUGCCGCGAAUGCGCCAUGACGAACCUGCUCGCCCAACGCAAAGAGAUGAAGCGACUGGAGAAAGCGCUCGAGCGGCAAAAAGCAGAAGACGAAGACCAGCGCCUGCGAGAAGAAGACGAAGCGCGACACCGAGCCGUCGAGGAGUUUGAAACAGUGCAGAUGGGACUGAGCGUCAAAGUCGGCGCGGGGAGUCGCGUGGUAGGGAGGCAAGACGGCAGGAUUCUAGUCGAGCAAGACACGGACGCGAAACCCGGGGAGGCCCGAGGCUCGAAGCGUAAAUUCGAAAUCGACGAGGAGGAGUUGAAGCGCAUAGCCGCCGAGGAACGCACAAAAGCGCGACGCACGCUCGACGAGGAGCGCAAGGCGGCAAAAGGCCAUCUACCCAGCUUCUGGGUCCCGGGCGAGACGCCCGAUCAACACCACAAGGGCGCCGAGAAGGCAAAAUCCACCCCGACCUGUCCGUCCAGCGACCACGACCACCCGCACACCCUGAGCCUGAAGACGCUAACGAGCGUCCAUUUCAACGAGGAGAAGUCCACAGAUACGUCCAAGACGGCGCGAACCUGCCCCAGCUGUCGCAAAUCGCUAUCCAAUAGCACGAAAGCAGUCAUCGCUAUUCCCUGUGGGCAUGUGCUGUGCAAACCCUGCGUGGAUAAGUUCUUGACGCCGGAACAUCGCCAUCAGAGACAUGCGCAUGAUGAUGGGCCGGAACCGGAGACUGUGCAUUGCUAUGUUUGUGAUGCGGAUUUGAGCCCCGCGGUGGAGAAAGAGGGUAGGAAGAAGAAGGGGGAGAAGGAGAGGGGGGUGAAGCCUGGGCUGGUGGAGAUCAGGAGUGAGGGGACGGGGUUUGCGGGCGGGGGCAAGGCGAUGGUUAAGAGGGAGGGUGUGGCGUUUUCGGUGUAG